CGGCGCAGUCACCGCAGCAGAGCAGGUAGCUCCGGUCGCUGCGUUUCAGACAACCUCCAGCUGGGCCGCCGCUUGGGUUCUCGCUCGGUGCUCGGCCUCCGCUGGCGACCGGCGACCCCUCCGCAGCUCGAGUCCCCGGCCGCCGCAGCGCGCCUGCCCCCCGGCCCCCCUGUCUCGCGAAGAUGGCUGCCGUACGCCGGGCUCGCAGUUACUGCCGCUGCCUGGUGCGCUUCUCCGACCGAGAACUCUGCUAAGCCCCGCUGCAGCAGACGGGCAGGAGUAGACACCGGGCAGCCGCCGCCGCCCCUCCGGGAGCCGGGCACGGGGAGCCCCUCGACUGGGCCGGUCGCCCGCCAGCAUGGCUCGAGAGCUCUUCCUGAAAGCCGUAGAAGAAGAACAAAACGGAGCUCUCUAUGAAGCCAUCAAGUUCUAUCGUAGGGCUAUGCAACUUGUACCUGACAUUGAGUUCAAGAUUACUUAUACCCGGGUUCCAGAUGGCGAUGGCGUUGGAAACAGCUACAUUGAAGAUAACGAUGAUGACAGCAAGAUGGCGGAUCUGUUGUCGUACUUCCAGCAGCAGCUCACAUUUCAGGAGUCUUUGCUCAAACUGUGCCAGCCUGAGCUUGAGCCCAGCCAGACUCACAUAUCAGCCCUGCCUAUGGAGGUCCUGAUGUACAUCUUCCGAUGGGUGGUAUCAAGUGACUUGGACCUCAGAUCGUUAGAACAGUUGUCACUGGUGUGCAGAGGAUUCUAUGUCUGUGCCAGAGACCCUGAAAUAUGGCGUCUGGCUUGCUUGAAAGUGUGGGGCAGGAGCUGCAUGAAACUUGUCCCAUACUCAUCCUGGAGAGAAAUGUUUUUAGAACGGCCUCGUGUUCGGUUUGAUGGCGUGUACAUCAGUAAAACUACCUAUAUUCGCCAGGGAGAGCAGUCUCUUGAUGGUUUCUACAGAGCCUGGCACCAAGUGGAAUAUUACAGAUACAUAAGAUUCUUUCCUGAUGGUCACGUGAUGAUGUUGACAACCCCUGAGGAGCCUCCUUCCAUCGUUCCCCGUUUAAGAACCAGGAGCAGCAGAACGGAUGCAAUUCUGUUGGGCCAUUAUCGCUUGUCACAAGAUGCAGACAAUCAGACCAAAGUAUUUGCUGUAAUAACUAAGAAAAAAGAAGAAAAGCCGCUUGACUAUAAAUACAGAUAUUUCCGUCGUGUUCCUGUACAAGAAGCAGAUCACAAUUUUCAUGUGGGGCUACAGUUGUGUUCCAGUGGCCACCAGAGGUUCAACAAACUCAUCUGGAUCCACCAUUCUUGUCACAUUACUUACAAAUCGACCGGUGAGACCGCAGUCAGUGCUUUUGAGAUUGACAAGAUGUACACCCCCCUGUUCUUCGCCAGAGUGAGGAGCUACACUGCGUUCUCAGAGAGGCCCCUGUAGAGCCUCGCCAGCAUGGCACUGCUGCAUGAGCAGAAACCUAGAGCGCCACAAUACCUAAGUUAUAAGUGCAUAUACAUACAUGUAUAUAUACACACAUAUAUACAUACAUGGAGUUGGAACUUUCUUUAAGUUGUUGGAAUUCCUUUAAGAAGAGUAUAAAUUAUUUUUUUUAUUUAAAGGGGUAGUUGAUUCCUGGGGUGCUUUGUUUUGAUGUUAGAAGUUGCUAAGAACACUUAUGUUGUAAUAAACUUUAAUGUGGGUUUUAAAUCAUGUUUUCAAGCAGGUUUCUGAGCAGAGCCGGCACAGCCGCUGCCUUGUUCCUGAGCACCCUCAUACUCACGCACAUCAGGGAGCACACUGGAUAGUAUUUAUUCCUGCAUGACUCAGCGUCUUUGCAUCAGACUCAAAUGUGAAACCUGUUCUGGAUUUGUUUGAAACUGUUUAAUAAAGAUCAUAAAUAAAUGUUUCUUUCACGGAAA